AUGCAGGCCCAACACCACCACCACCGUGCUGCCCCCACAAAUCCUCAAGCCCCUGGCGUGCACGGCUACAGGGUAUUUCGUGGUGAGGGUGGGAGCGGCGGCGCAGGCGGCAAAGGUCAUGAAGUCGGAGGCCCCGGAGGCACGGGCAGGGCGUCGAAUUUCGACCUCUCUAAAUUUCAGAAUUACAGCGAAUUUAAUGCCAGAGGAGGACAGGGUGGUCCGGGGGGAGAAGGCACGCUGCAAGGCGGUACCGGCGGCACCGGGGAGGCCCCGACCUUUUCUUUUGGAGGCAGCAGGCUCAUCAACCUCACUUCCGACGAUAUCGACAAGGUCUCCGAUUUGGAUAAGUCGACAUCAGAGUUCUGUGCUGAAAACAGACUACCAAACGCUCUUGUGAGUGCUCUCAUCGGAAAUGGCUACGAGACACUCUACACAUUGCUGGAGCUGAAGAAGGAUGCGUUCGGGUCCGAGCAGGGUAGAAUGGAUUGCCUGCCUGGUCAUGUCAGCAUGCUGCGAUGGGCUCUGGUCAAACAUUGCCAGAAGAAUGGUGUUCGGGAGGUGCCUAUUCUUUAUUGA